CUCAGAGUAGACGGUCAGGAGAAUGGCAGAGUUCAGUAUUUCAAUAGAUCAGGACCAGUUAAGCUGCCCAGCCUGUGUGGAUCUGCUGAAGGAUCCAGUGACCGUUCCCUGUGGACACAGUUUCUGCAUGUUGUGCAUCGAUGCCUGCUGGGAUCAGGAGGAUCAGAGGGGGGUCUACAGCUGCCCCCAGUGCAGAGAGACCUUCACUCUGAGGCCUGUUCUACACAGAAACUACUUCAUAGCUGAAAUAUUGGAGAAACUGAAGAAGACAGACGUCCGAGCUGCUCCUCCUGCUGGAUCUGGAGACGUGGAGUGUGAUUUCUGCUCUGGGAGGAAACGCAAAGCUGUAAAAUCCUGUCUGAUGUGUCUGGCCUCCUUUUGUGAAGAUCAUCUUAAACCUCACUAUGAAGUUUCUUCUUGGAAAAAGCACAAGCUGGUCAAAGCUUCCACACGACUACAAGAGAAGAUCUGCUCUCAACACGACAAACUGAUCGAGAUCUACUGUCGCACUGACCGAAGCUGCAUCUGCUAUUUAUGUGCAAAAUAUGACCACAGAGGCCACGAUACAGUCUCAGCUGCAGCAGAGAGAACCCAGAAACAGAUGGAGCUGAAGGAGAUGCAGAGAGAAUUCCAGCAGAUGAUCCAGGAGAAACGGAAGAGGCUGGAACAGGCUGUGAACACUCUUAAGAUAACCAACAAAAUUGGUUUUGAAGAAUGGGAGAAACUGGAGCAGGAGAUCGCGGAUCUGAAGAGGAGAAACGCUGAGCUGGAGCAGCUUUCACUCACAGAGGAUCACAUCCAUUUCCUCCAGAGUCUCCAGUCUCUGAGCGUCUCUUCUGGAUCUGAGGACUCCUCCAGCAUCUCUGACCCUUCACGGGCUGCAGCAUCUCCAUCAUUCCUCUCAGAACCAAAGAGCAGAGAAGAUUUUCUACAGUAUUUCUGUCGGCUGACUCUGGAUCCCAACACAGCGCAUCGACACCUCAUCCUGUCUGAGAAGAACAGAGUGGUCAAGUGGAGUAACAAAGCCCAGCGUUACCGUACUCAUACAGCGAGAUUUGACUGGCCUCAGGUGUUGAGUGUGGAGAGUCUGAGUGGACGCUGUUACUGGGAGGUUGAGUGGAGCGGAGAGGUGGACGUAUCAGUCUCAUACAAAGAGAUCAGCAUGGAGGGAGUGGAUGUUGAAAACAGGUUUGGAAACAAUGCUCAGUCCUGGAGUCUGUGCUGUUGUUCUUCUUCUUCCUCUCUCUCGUUCUGGCACAACAACAUUGAGACUGAGCUCCCAGGACCUCCAUCCUCCAGAAUAGGAGUUUAUGUGGAUCACAGUGCAGGAAUUCUGUCCUUCUACAGCGUCUCUGACACAAUGACCCUCCUACAUACAGUCCACUCCACAUUCACUCAGCCUCUCUACGCUGGGUUCUUUGUCCAAAGUGGAUCAUCUCUGAGGUUGCGUGAUAAAAAUGAUGGGGGUGAUCGUGGCUGAUGGUCUGUGAGGCCUGCUUGACUAAGCGUCUGGUCUCAUCAUCCCUUUUCCGUCUAGCUAAUUAUAUUUGAACAGAAUUUAUUAAUAGUCGUUAACCUCUUAUAACAUCAGGUUAAUUAGGCUGUAAAGGUCUGUUCACACAGAAUCGCAGAAUUUUAUUCACGCCAGCUUUUGUAAAUAAACAUAGAGUAACACCGUCUUUCACACUGAGCCUUAAACUGCAAUGCUGCACAUCAUUUUUAAUCAGAGUCAGAUUGAUUUCAGCUGUGCAGAUGUGUUCAAAAUCAGGCUGACCCAUUGGGGUUUCAUCGCCAUGGUUACAGUCUAAACAAAUACGCAUCGCGAUGGCAUCAGAACAGCUCAUCUCACUUUGUGCCAGCACAAAAGCUUUAAUACAGCAAUCAACAGGCCGACUAUAAACACAGAGCGAUUAAAUAAAAUAUGUGGAGGAUCAGAGCUGAAAGGCUGGAGAAUCACAGCGAGAACUUUAGCACAACAUGCAGGCUGUUUACAGCUAUUUAUUUAUUUAUUUAUCUGGCCAGUCCGGCUCUGUUUAUGGGCUUUUUCUAGAACAGGCUCUUCAGCUCCGUUCAGCUGCAGUGCUUAAAGAAAAAUGAUAAAUCUAUCUUCUCUACUACAGGAGGAAUCCAGAUCUCCUGAGUUCCCAUCUUCCUCCUGAGUUCUCAGAGUGACAUCAGACUUUGUGUGAAGGUUCCACUACAUUAUAACUCCGAUGUUUACUUGGUGUAAACAGACCUUCAGUAACUACAUGACUGUAACUGAGUUCUUCUUCAUCUAAUCAUUUGAAGGGCUAACAAGUGUGUGUGUGUGUGUAUUGACUGGGAUGCAGUAGUAGAUCUGCUAUUGUUGAAAGAUAAUGUGAGGUGUAUGAUCUGUAUCUUAUGCUGGAAUAUUUUGGUGUGAAUUAAAAUCUUUUGCUAAACCGGUUUCCUCUACAGACUUUGUCUGUACAUAAUUAGAUCAACUUUGUUGAUCCUGAAGGGAAAUAAAGCUGUUCCAGCUCAGCAGCAGACUCAGCAGCUCAGCAGCGUUUUGUAGCACACCACUGAUGCAUUCUCUGGUUUUUGUCAUAAUGAUGGAUAACUGAGGGAACUUUGCCUGUGUGUCACCUCAGAUUUAUGCUGCAUUGAAACAGAAAGUCAUGGCUGAACAUUUAUGAUUUCACUCAUUUCACUUAUACUUUCUAAGGGUGCCAACAAUUAUGGUAGAUAUGAUAGAUUUGAGAAACCUGUUGAUUUAAUGAUAAGAUUACUAGAUUUUUUUGUCCAGUCAUACUUCAAAUAAAGGUUAUAUUUUUAAAAUAA